CCGACGAUAUCAUUGCUAUUAAAAGGCUAAUGUUUUAUGUUAAUAAUAAAUAAAAAAAACAAUAUUUCCUAGUUUAAUUUUUUAUAACAUUAAUUAAAAAAAAGAUUAUAUUUAAAAAUUUAUAAGAAAUUAUAUUCGAUUAAGAAUAUAAUCUGUAGUUUGGAAUUUAGAGACAGUUAAUAUAUCUUUAAACGAAAAAGAAAAUUUAUUAUAAAAAAUGGUAGUUCGACAAUAUCAAGAAGAAUUAAAAUUCUUAGAAAAAAUAACUGAUACAUGCUGGAAAAUAAAAAAAGGUUUUCAACCUAAUAUGAAGGUUGAAGGUGUUUUUUAUGUAAAUAAUACAUUAGAACGUUUAAUGUUUGAUGAAUUGAAAAAUGCAUGUAGACCAGGAGCAGUAGGUGGCUUUCUUCCAGGCAUGAAACAAAUUGCUAAUGUUGCUGCCCUUCCUGGAAUUGUUUGGAGAUCUGUUGGAUUGCCUGAUGUACAUUCUGGAUAUGGUUUUGCUAUUGGUAAUAUGGCAGCAUUUGAUAUGAAUGAUCCAAAAUCUAUAGUAUCACCUGGUGGAGUAGGAUUUGAUAUAAAUUGUGGAGUACGAUUAUUAAGAACUAAUCUUUUUGAAGAGGAUGUUCAACCUGUAAAGGAACAACUUGCCCAAAGUAUGUUUGAUCAUAUUCCUGUUGGUGUUGGUUCAAAAGGAAUUAUACCUAUGAAUGCACGUGAUUUAGAAGAAGCUUUAGAAAUGGGAAUGGAUUGGUCCCUCAGAGAAGGUUAUAUUUGGGCAGAAGAUAAAGAACAUUGUGAAGAAUAUGGUAGAAUGCUUAAUGCAGAUUCUUCAAAAGUAUCAAUGAGAGCUAAAAAACGUGGGCUUCCACAGUUAGGAACUUUAGGAGCAGGAAAUCAUUAUGCUGAGAUUCAAGUUGUAGAUGAAAUUUAUGAUAAAUGGGCUGCAUGCAAAAUGGGAAUUGAAGAAAAAGGUCAAAUUUGUGUUAUGAUUCAUUCUGGUAGUAGAGGAUUUGGACAUCAAGUUGCAACUGAUGCUCUUGUACAAAUGGAAAAAGCUAUGAAACGAGACAAUAUUGAAACUAAUGAUAGACAAUUAGCAUGUGCUCAUAUCAAAUCUCAAGAAGGUCAAGAUUAUCUAAAAUCAAUGGCUGCAGCUGCUAAUUUUGCUUGGGUUAAUAGAAGCUCUAUGACAUUUCUUAGUCGACAGGCAUUUGCCAAGCAAUUCCGAUUAUCUCCUGAUGAUUUAGAUAUGCAUGUUAUAUAUGAUGUCUCUCAUAAUAUUGCAAAAAUAGAAGAACAUAUGGUCGAUGGAAAACAGAAAACACUUCUAGUACAUAGAAAAGGAUCAACAAGAGCAUUUCCACCUCAUCAUCCUUUGAUUCCUGUAGACUAUCAAUUAACAGGUCAACCUGUUUUAAUUGGAGGUACUAUGGGAACUUGUAGUUAUGUUCUUACUGGAACUGAUCAAGCUAUGAAAGAAACAUUUGGAUCUACUUGUCAUGGAGCAGGACGAGCUUUAUCUAGAGCAAAGUCACGUAGAAACUUGGAUUAUACAGAUGUAUUAGAAAAAUUAGAACGACAAGGAAUAUCAAUUAGAGUCGCUUCGCCUAAGCUAGUAAUGGAAGAAGCACCAGAAUCUUAUAAAAAUGUAACGGACGUUGUAAAUACAUGUCAUGCUGCAGGCAUUUCGCGGAAAUGUAUAAAAUUAAGACCGAUUGCAGUUAUCAAAGGAUAAUUAAUCAUAAUAUUAUGUAUAGGAGUUAUUUGUGUCGGAAUUUUGUCUAUCUUCAAUUCUAAUAGAAAAGAUAGAAUUGCAAGACAAUUUUAUACGCAAAUAAAAUUAUAAAUAAAUAUAUUAAAAAUA